AUGGCAGACUCACCUCCAGGCGAGGGCGCUGUGAGCCUGGUGGCCGGUCGCUCCAAGCGCUCCACGGCCGGCAACCGUAUGCGCGCCCUACUAGACCAGCAGCAUAACCUCUCCACCACCGACGAAGCCGACGAGAUCUUCCGCGAAGAGGACAAUGAUGUUGAGUUUGCUGCUCCUCAGAGGGAAGAGGAAGACGUCUUCGAUUCGGACUUUGGAGAUAGUUCGGAUGAGGAGGGUCAGGACGGGAGGAAGAAGGGAGGGGAUGAUGAGAGUGAGGGAGAGAGGGAGUUGGAGGCUGAGGAGGAGAGAAAGAGGAAAGCUGCUCGGAAGCAGGCGAGCAGGAUGGCGCCUAGCGUGGUACGGAGACCAGCCAAGGCAAAGCCACCUCCCUCCGCUCUGCACUCGGGAUCUCGCGACGAGGAUGUGCAAGCUGAAGCUGGACCAUCCCGACCAACUCGUACAUCUCGCAGAAUCUCAUUCGCCCCUGAUGCGAGAGCAGGGGACACCUCUGUCGACCCCAAUUCCUCCUCUCGGCGAAUCUCCUCACGCCGAGCUACAGUGCAAGCUGGGCUCGACUCUCAAGUCCGUAUAGAGGAGGCAGAGGCCCGUCGUCUGCAACAUCCCAACGUCCGCAACCCUCCCUCCUCCGUCAAGAAGCCUUCACUCAACCAGGCUGAGCUCAUCGAGCUGGCUCUGGAGAGAGAAGAGGAAAAUCGCAAGAGUCUCAAGGAGUGGAUGGAGGUCGAAGAGGAGAGGAAGAGGAAAGAGCUAGGCAGAGAGAAGAGGGCAUUGCCCUCGAGCUGGAUACGCUGGCGGAGCGUUAGAUCAGAAGUGCCUAUAGAGCGGCCCAUCAUCGUUCUGGAGCCGCCAACGCAGCCGGCCGAUGCGGACGAAAAGGAGGCUCUAGUUGCAAAUGAUUCGGUAGUCGAUGUGGUCACGAAACCAGAGCCGACCGCCGAACAAGAAGCGGAUAUGUCAGGACCAGUGAUACCAGCUGCCGAUGUACAGGCACAAGAGUCAAUCCAGAUCGCCGAGCCCCAAGCAGACGAGUCGACUCAGGUGAUCGGAGAGGCCGAUGCAACUGCGAACGACUCGAUGCAGGUCAUUGCAGAUGAGAUUCAGGCAGAUGUAUCAGGACCCGUCCUGCCACACCAAACAUCACGCUCAACAUCGCCCCAGACAAUGUCACAACGGGUCGACUUCACGUUGGACCCUGUACUUCAAGCUCGCAAGGAAGCAGCAGCAGCCGCGGCCGCGGCGGCAGCGUCCCAGAAGGCUGCCGAAGCAUCGUCCUCGAACACUCAAGGAGCUGAUGUACCACCUACAGAGCUCGAAGCUCGGUCACUCGUGUCCCUCCACUAUACCACUCGUCCAGCGCCUCCCUGGCCGGAGCAAUGGGCCUCUCUUCUCGGAUCUCAUACGAAUUGGGCGACAACGCACGUCGUUCCUGCUCGCAAUCGCCCCUCGAAACCACGCGCCUCUCUCUGUGCCAUCACUGGCAAGAUGGCUCGUUACAAGGACGCAAAGACCGGCAUUCCCUUUGCAGACGUGAAGGCUGCGAGGGUGCUGCGGGCGCUAGGCGAGGAGCAAUGGGAGUGGUGCGAGGUGGACAUCGAUGUCAAGAGGGCCGAGAGCGGUAGCAAGACCAAGGCCGACCAGACGAAGGUCGGUGAUGCUGGCACUACCGGUGACGCUGAAGAUGGGGCUGUGAAAAAGGUCAAGAAGAGCGCAAAGAAGAUCACAGACGGCUCUGCCGGCGGGGAUGGACAGGGCAAGACUGGCUUCUGGAUCCUAGCUCAACCCAGACCCUCAGGAGGGGGCGCCCAGACGACUGCGACACAGGCUACGGGAGAGGCUUCGUCCACUACUGCCCCUGCUCCUGCUAGUGCACUGCAGGGUAAAGCAUCCCUCAAGCGUAAAGUCUCAGCAAUGGCCUCCCCAGGAACCUCCCGUGCGGCCAGCGCAAAGAAGACAGCCGCAGGCCGAGCAUCGCAGCACGCCUCUCCCGCUACGCCCAUCUCUGCCUCUAGCGCACCUUCUCCUGCUCCCUCGGCAGCACAAGCUGCACCUACCCUCUCGUCUCGCACCCCAACAGCAGCACCAGCAGCACCAGCAGUGGAAGAAGUUCCCCCGCAUCUAGCCGCCCUAGGCAUCGCACCUGGCGACGAACAGGCCGUUCUGGCUCGCGCGCUUGCAUUGCCUUCGGGGACGACGAGGAGUGGGAAAGCGAGGAGCAGUUUGCCUGCGGGCAAGAAGUGA